AGUUUAGGAUCGACGUUUAUGCUCGACAAGAGGGCCUAUUGAGUUUUAACUCGGAUUACAUGGUGUGGUAUAGGCGCAAAACAAAAAUAUUUAUCGACCCAAACAAUGCAAACACGACUACAUUGUUACCGAGACAUUGCAGUAUAUGGUGUCACCACAAGGGCGAAACACAUGGACAGUUGAUGAUCUCGUGCCAUAUGUGGAAAAGUUAGCGAUUUUAUCCCAAGAGCAAGAGAGGAUUACUGAGCCUGUGGCACAUGGUCCAGCAUCAGAGCGUCGAUUUCCCCCACAACAGUUUCACAUGCUUCAGUCAAGUGUUGAAACUCGAGGUUUUGACAGACGAAGGGAGAUUGUUCAAGCGGAAGAUUUUUCCCAACAUAUGGAGCAGCAUGGCCAUGGAAUGUAUUACACGCCACCAACAUUUGCUCAGUAUCAUUCGCAAAUGUAUCAGUAUCCUUUCGAAGGCCAUGACACUGAUAUGUCUGCAAGUGAACAUUCGUUUGGUGGUGUUGCGGAAACACAGCCUAAUUUUUCAUGGCCGACCAUGACCCCUUCGCAGCAACAUGAUGCCCCAAUGGCAACAUCUAAUGCCCCAUUAGGUCAGCAAUGGGAUGUACCCGGAGCAAUCCCUGCAAUGGGUGACUUAUUAGGUGUUGAUUUGCGUCACGAGUUUUCUGCAGAGGCUGAGGAACAAGGGCGAAGACAGCGCACAAGAAGAAAUCCGGAUCGUCAAGCCCGAAGGUGGGAUCGACCAUGUGGCACAUCCUCGCGCCAUCACGGACACCAUAAUGACUGAUUUUGAUGUCUCUAUUUGAAAUUUGUUUUGUAUCUUUGUAAUUUGAAUUUCAGACUUAAUUUAUGGUAUGUCAUUGUACUUGUUAUGGAAUUUGUUAUGGAAUUGCGUUUUUUAUCACCAUUUGUUAUUGAAUCACCAUCGCGGACACCAUAAUGACUAUUUUUAUGUCGCGCAUCAAACUACAAUAAUAAAUAAAGUCAAACAACAAAA